AUGGUUUUGGAGCUGACAGUGCCCGCAAGUGCAGGCCCCUUGCUACAGCGCUCCAUCCCGCAUAUCGAGCGUGUUUUCCGGGUAAGGGUCAGCUGCAGCUCCGCUGAGUCAAACUGCGACAACACCAAUGCAACCAACAGCAGCCUCAGUAUCACUGUAAAUAUCCAGGAUGGUGAGGAAGACGAUUGUGCUAAAGCUAAAGAAUACAUCGUGUCUCUGAUUGUGCCCGUGCACAGACACCGUGAGCGUUUGACCUUGUGGCUGCAACGUCGUCUGCAUUCUCUGCGUGCAGCCAUUGAGUAUGAGAGCUGCGCCGUACUGCAGGUGAGAGAGCAUGCGCUGGAGCUGCAGGGGGGCGUGGCGCAGGUGACGUCUGCAUGCGCCAUGCUGCAGCGCCUGAAGAUGCAGCGAAGGGGGUGUGGCCAACCCGAGACCCCGACCCCGGCCCCCGGCCCCGACUCUCCAGAGGAGGAAGAAGAUGAUGAUGAAGGUGAGGAAGAGGAGGGCAGCAGCUCUGAGAGUGAAGGGGAAGGUCGGGCACACUGCGGUAGCACGGAAGGAGGUGUUAAUGCUGCAUCAGGAGGGGGCGUGAGGAGGCGAGACCCACUCAUGGCCACCAAACCACACCGGCAGCUUUGUCGAUCUCCCUGCCUGGACCGACCCAGUUUCAGCCAGAGCAGCACUCUGCAGGAGCUACAGCGCGGGGAUGAGCCUCAGACACACCCACAGCCCCACGCUGGCCCCGCCCAGCCACGCGGUGAGCCCCACACUGGCCACGCCCACCAGACUGGUGACCGAGAAUACCAGACCAAGAUGGACUUUGCCCUGAAGUUGGGUUACUCGGGAGAACAGGUGGAGUCUGUACUGAGCAAACUUGGGUCCAGUGCGCUGAUUAAUGAUGUACUGGCUGAACUGGUGAGACUGGGGAAUAAAGGUGAAUUGGAGGGACAGGUGUGCAUGGGCACAGCCAGCCUGGUGCCGCGGGGUGCUGGUUUAAAGGAAGCGGUCAGCCCAGAGGCUUCGCUGGAGGAGGAGACUCCUGACAGCUAUGACAACCUUCGGCCCAUUGUCAUAGACGGCUCCAACGUGGCCAUGAGCCAUGGAAACAAAGAGGUCUUCUCAUGCUUGGGGAUCCAGCUGGCUGUUGAUUGGUUCUUGGAGAAAGGCCACAAAGACAUCACUGUGUUUGUCCCAGCCUGGAGGAAAGAGCAGUCCAGACCUGAUGCUCCGAUCACAGAUCAGGAGAUUUUGCGAAAACUGGAGAAGGAGAAGAUUCUUGUGUUCACUCCGUCUCGGCGUGUGCAGGGUCGUAGGGUCGUUUGCUAUGACGACCGAUUCAUUGUCAAACUUGCCUGCGACUCAGACGGAAUCAUCGUAUCCAACGACAACUACCGCGACUUGCAGAAUGAGAAGCCAGAGUGGAAGAAGUUCAUCGAGGAGCGCCUCCUGAUGUACAGCUUCGUCAACGACAAGUUUAUGCCACCUGACGACCCGUUGGGGAGACACGGGCCCAGUUUGGAGAACUUCCUGCGGAAGCGUCCUGUGGUACCAGAACAUAAAAAACAGCCGUGUCCUUACGGGAAGAAGUGCACGUAUGGCCACAAGUGUAAGUACUACCAUCCUGAACGAGCCAAUCAGCCGCAGCGGUCGGUGGCAGAUGAGCUGCGAGCCUUUGCCAAACUUUCUGCCGUGAAGACGAUGAGUGAGGGCGCGCUGGCCAAAUGUGGCACCUCAUCGAGCUCUGCCAAGGGAGACGUCAGUUCGGAGGCCAAACGCGUCGCCCCCAAACGCCAGUCGGACCCCAGCAUCCGUUCAGUGGCAUGUGAGCAGGAGGAGAGGCUGUGUCAAGCGCGGAAGGCGGAGGCAAACUCCGUGCCCUCGCUCGUGUCCGCUCUCAGCGUGCCGACCAUGCCGCCGCCCAAGAGCCACGCGGCAGGCGCCCUCAACACGCGCUCGGCCAGCAGUCCCGUGCCCGGCUCCAUGCACUUCACCCACAGCUCUCUGGAGCACGCGGGCAGCGUUCAGUACCCUCCGAUUCUCGUCACCAACAGCCAGGGCGCGUCUGUGGCUUACGGCGAACCCUUCCCGAAAUAUGACUCCGUCAGUGACCACGGGUACUACUCCAUGCUCAGCGACUUCUCCACCCUCAGCCUUGGCAGCAUGCAGGGCUUGGACAGCUUCUGCAGUCUGGAGCAGGCUGAACCGACUCCCUAUGGCGCUCGCACUGCCAGCCUGUGCCCAGAACCAGGACGGAGCCACUCCUCAGAUUCCUUCUCUUCGUAUGGAGGUGAACUCUACCUUAGCUCCAUGGAAGGUAGCCUGGAUGACAGCCUGAAGGGACCUGCGCAGCCGCAGUCGCCUGCGCAGACACGCCUGCAGGCCUUUGUGCACGGCUUCCAUCACGAAGCACUGACGCGCGUACAGAGUUAUGGUUCCGAUGAGCCAAAACCGGGCCCCCGAAAACAGUCCUCUGCCCAUCUGGUGCCUCACUCGCAGCACCCAGUGGUGGGGGCUCGCUCCAGUUGCCCCGGUGACUACCCCCCACUGCCCCAAAACAUUUUACCGUCGUCAGGGCCGGCCCAGCCGGGCCGGUCGCUCGGCAUGACUCGCAUGGACAGCAUCUCGGACUCCCGGCUGUACGAGAGCAACCCUCUGCGUCAGCGCCGGCCGCCGCUGUGCCGGGAGCAGCACGCCAGCUGGGACCCGCUGCCCUGCGCCGGCGAGCCGUACGGCUACGGUGGUUACGGGCUGACCGGAGGCCUCAUGCCCUGCUGUGAGAGAGUGAUGGUGCGUAGCAUGCCUGAAAAAAUGGAGCAGAUUUGGAGGUCGCCGUGGGACCCCCCCUCGCUGCAGGCUGCGUCGGCCGACGAACGGCACCCGAUCCCAGAACACCAGUACCAAACUUACCGCAACCUCUGCAACAUCUUCCCUGCCAAUGUGGUCCACUCAGUGAUGGAGAAGAACCCACACAUGACCGAUCCCCAGCAGCUGGCUGCAGUCAUCGUGACCAAACUCAGGUCAUGCCACUGA